AUGUCUGCCUUAUGCGAGGCGUGGAUAACACACGCGGAGGAUGACACGGCUGCCUUGAAAUGUCUCGUUUUGGCGAGAAGUUUACGCUUGAGUGGAACCCGGAAGAAAAUGUUUGUCCUCGUUUUCCCUCAAGUUUCUGGAACCAUGCGAAAAGAACUUCUGUCCGAGUGGGACGGAACAAUCCGGAUAAAAAGGGUGGAUGAAUAUUCGACCGAACUCUGUGCCCAGAUUCAUGCCUUGAGUUUAGUCACGCUGGGGAAGAUUGGCUACUUAAAUCCGGAAACAAUGAUUGCAUUAACUUUUCAAAACAUUAACAUUGUGGGUAUUCACGUCAACUUCAUCCUGAAAAACAUGGACGAUCUGUUCCAAACUGAGUUCCAAACUGUGAGACUUGCUCGAGAUGGAAAGUUGACUAUAGCUAUGUUACACCCCUCCGAGAAUAACUUUGAUUCUCUCGCCGCAUUCGUGACGAUUGGGAAAGGAGGUUUGGGGACAUGGUUGCUCGAAAACGAGACGGCUUUACUCAGCGAGAAAUUAUUUUUGGACGUACUUCCCACCCAUGAUGGUGGGGAUAUUGGAGACGCGAGAUUGGCCUACUUUAUGGGGUACGACCCGCUAAAGAUGCAUGUGGGGGUGAAUUUUAUGCACAAACUUUGGACCAAGUUGUACUUCCAAACGGGUAAAAAUGAGGUCCACCUGGAAAUAAAACCCAGCACCGGGAACAACGAACCCAUCGCCAUUAUCGGGAUGGCAGGCCGUUUCCCUAAAUGUGAAAACUUGCAAGAAUACUGGGAAUUCUUAAUUGGCCACGGCCAAGCAGCCUCUCCCGUCCCGGAGGAUCGUUGGACGCACCAGCCCGUCACCAAGGCUCAGCGCGAAACCGGGGCCGGAUUCUUACCCCAGCCCGUAGAUGAAUUCGACGCUGCCUUUUUCGGCCUCAGUUCCCGCGAUCUUUUCUACAUGGAUCCCCAACAACGCAUCCUUCUCGAAGUGGUGUGGGAAGCUUUGGAAGACGCCGCGUUGCCGCCGACCCUUUUAAAAACUGUGAGGACCUCCAUUUUUACGGGGUCCUGGUCCCAAGACUAUUUUGGACUCUUGGCCGCCGGCGGGAUUUCCCCCCGGGAACAUAUCCGGUCCUAUUUGGGCACCUCGCUGGGCGCAACGGCGGGUAAACUUGGCCAUUAUUUUGGCUUGAAGGGUAAAAAUUGCUCGAACGACUCGGCCUGUGCCUCCUCCUCCGUGACGGUUGGCCAUGCGGUCGAAAAUUUGAGGAAAAACGAUUCUAAAAUUGCGAUCGCGUGUGGAAUCAAUCUGCUCGUUCAGCCCUUUACAUAUGCCGACUUGAUGCCGCUGCUGAGUCCGGACGGAAGGUGCAAAUCGUUCGAUGUAUCGGCGGACGGCUACGGGAGAGCGGAGGGGUGUGGGGUCCUUAUCCUUAAACGGUUAUCCGAUGCGAUUGCGGACAAUGACAGGAUUCAUGCCUUGAUCCGUGGGUACGGCGAGGAACAGGAAGCCGGUCCGCAAAAUAUUGGGACGCCAUCUGUCGCGGGUGAAACAGCGGCAAUGCUACACGCCAUCCGGGACGCGGGAAUAGAUCCGUGGCAAGUUUCCCAUAUUGAGGCGCACGGGACAGGAACAGCUACUGGAGACCCGAUUGAAUUUGCCGCAAUUGCUAAUGUGUAUAAGACGACGGGAAGAAAGGAUCCUUUAAUCGUGACGUCGGGCAAGGGUAAUAUUGGACAUGCGGAGGCCUGCUCCGGAAUGGCGGGGAUAAUCAAGACGGUGCUAUGCUUGAAAAAUGGGGUCAUCCCGGGUCACGUGGGUUGUAAAGAAUUAAAUCCGGACAUCAAAUUGGAUAAAAUCCCGGCCAUAAUUCCAUUAGAAAAUUAUACCUGGACAGCUAAACAAUCCGGGCAGCCCAGAAUGGCGGGAGUAUCUUCGUUCGGAUUUACGGGUACGGAUACCCACAUUAUUUUGGAAGAAGCCCCGGAAAGGAGUUCAAUCUUAGAAGGGAUCGCCUCAACGAGGAAAAACUUGCCGAAGAAUAUUGUAACUCUUUCGGCGAAAAGUGAGGAGGGACUUGAAGGCUUAAUCUCCAACCUUAAGGACAGCUUAAGCGUAGGAGGAUCACCAGACCUGGCUGACAUUGCGUUUACCCGAAACACCGGAAGGGACCACCUCUUUCCUUGGAGGGCUGCUAUCACAGCGACGAAUACGGAAGACCUGAGGUCUAAACUUGCCCAAGGAGCUAUAACUGUGGGGCAAUUUGACACAUCAAAUCCAAAACUCGCCUUUCUCUUUUCCGGGCAGGGCGCGCAAUAUUACAAAAUGGGAUUUCAGCUCUACUCUACAUUCCCCGUGUUCCAGAAAUACUUUGAUUACUGUACACAAACCAUGAAAUCCUACGGAAUUGAUGUCCUUCCCGUAAUGUGGGGUGAGAAUCCGGAGGACGUGCGAAUUGAUGAAGCCCUGUACAGUCAGACGGGAAUAUUUGCGGUGGAAUUUGCCCUUAAUAAACUAUUAGCUUCUUGGGGGAUUAAGCCUGAUAUGGUGGUGGGCAACUCUCUCGGAGAAUUUGCUGCUGCAUCCGCGGCGGGAAUUUGGAGUGAUGAUGAUGCCAUUAAAAUUGUCUCAAUUAGAGCUAAUCUUUUAGAAAAAGUGGAACUUGGCGGGAUGAUAGUCGUCAAGAAAGAUUGCGUUGGAACGGAGGCGCUAAUUCAACAAUUUGUUGCGGUACAUUCAAAAUCUGUUUGGGUGGAUGUAGCCUGCAUUAAUGCCGCGGAACAGACGGUGGUGUCCGGGGACAAGAAAAAUCUUGAUUUUUUUUUGCAAUUGCUGGAAAAUAAUGGCGUAAAAGGGACAAAAUUAGGAACCAAUAAGGCUUACCAUUCACGCCAUAUGGAUCCAAUGAUUGCCGAAUAUACGGCCGCUCUCGAAACCUUAACUUUCCAUCCUGCUAGAUGUCACUACGUGGGUGGGCAGAGUGGUAAACUUGUCGAAACUGCCGAAAUGGGGCCGGACUACUGGGUGAAACAACUGAGAGAAAGUGUCCACUUUAUGGAUGCGAGUAAAACCCUGGUAGAAAUGGGGGUACAAAUUUGCCUGGAUGUGAGUCCUAGACCAAUUGCGGGAUCACUAUUCAACUCGACUUCUGCGGAGGUGUCAAGAUCAAAAAUUCCUUGCAUUCCAGCCUUAAGAAAUAAAUCACAAGACAUCGACAUGAUUUUGACAGCCUUGACAGAGCUUUACAUCAACGGAGUCAAUCUUGAUUGGCGCAGAUUUCACCAAGGUUUCACUGGACAUAUCGUAUCCCUACCGUCCUACCCCUUUAACAGGAAGGCCUUCUGGUUCACGGCGUCAUCGAAGGGACAAUCUGACUCGAAAGAACUUCAUCCUUUGCUCGGAUCUCCGCUUCGUAACGCUUCAUCCAACCACAUAUUCCAAUCCCGCAUUGAACUAGCGGCCGAAUCCACGGAUAGAUGCGCCUGGUUGAAGGACCACAUGCUUGGGAAAUAUGUAAUUUAUCCGGGCGCAGGUUACAUAGAAAUGUGUCUCGCGGGUGGAUACGCGUCAACCCUGGCAUCCUUUGAUGACUUCGGAAUACCCGAAUUUCCCAUGAAGGUGCAAAAUUUGAAAAUAAUUGCGCCAAUGGAUAUCAAUAAUGCGGGGGCAACAGUUCAAACUAUUGUUGGAGCGAUGCCGUCAGGGGUGGAUGAAGGAGGAUCUGGGAUGGACAUCACAGUUUAUAAACACCGAGGGGGACAAGAAGAUGCUGAUGUCGGGAAGUGGAUUACGCAUGCGUCCAGCCGAGUCUCAUUUUUGCCCACAACCUCACACCAAGAUUUGGACGUCGUAAAACUUAUGAAAGAUUGGAAUGAUGAUGGAGUUGGGUCAUUGGACAAAUUCUACGAAGCUUUGGACAAAGUCGGGCUAAAGUUUGGACUUGCGUUCCGAAGUUUGAAAAAGAAGGCGGUGAGUCCGAACGGGUCAGAAACACUGAUGCAAGUAGAAUUACCAGGGGACGAUUCUGAAAGUAAAGAAGCCUAUUUUUGCCACCCAAUCUUAAUCGACGCCAUGAUCCAGGGCAUUAUGUUUGUCGAGAAAAUUGCAGGUUCAGAAAUGAAGAGCUUGUGUGUUCCCGCAUUAAUCGAGGAGUUCGUAUGGUACGGAAUGUCCAACAAUGCCCCAUACUAUAUUCACAUUCAGGCGAAUGAGAAGCGCGCUCUUCUGCGAGAUUCUGUUGGACGGUUACUCGCCACAAUGGAGGGUGCCCAUCUGGUCGAAACUAAUAUCGACGUUAUUACAAAAUCUGUCGAAUCGCAGAAAAUUUCGAUGCCGUCAAUUAUCAGUGAAAAUAUUUGGAAACCAAUGCCAAUCGUGGCAAAGCCAGAAGACACUCUUGUGCCCGAGAAAGUUGGGGAAAAUCCAUUGUGGCUGCUUUUCGGGCCUCCUUCCAAAGCCAUGGAUUGUCUUCACGAAAAUCUAAAGGUAUCUGGCAGGGAAGCAAUUGCCGUAGAAUAUAACACUACUGACUUGAGACCUGAUCAUAUCGAAGACUUCCGGGAAAUGGUGAAGAAGUCGAAAUCAAAGGGAACCUUGGAGGGGAUUAUAUAUUUACCCGGAGAUUCGGAAACACGACAAGCAAUUAUCGCCCAAGGAUUUCUUAACCUCUUAAAAGUUUUGGCAACCACAAGAUGGAGCAACACAACCAAUCUCCCAAAAAUUGUCUUGGUAACGGAAGGGAUCAUUCCGGUUGGAACUGAUUCAUCUAGUGGUCACCCAGCUCGCGGAACUUUGUGGGGGAUCUUGCGCACGUUCCAAUCAGAGUUCACCAAUUUCAAGACGACAUGCAUCGACCUGGAGUCAGAAUCCUUGCCGGAAUCCAAAGCUGAACAAAUCGGAAUGGAAUUGUGGACAGAUGACGGAGAAAUCCACGUUGCCUAUCGAGGCGGUUUUCGACACACCCCACGAGCCACGCCAAUUAAGUUUCAGCAACUGAUAAAUCCCUUAAGCAUUUCGCGAUCUGAUCGGAAUAAGCUUAUCCUACCCGCAUCAAAGGCUAUAUCUGAUCUAAAAUUUGGCAUCCUACCACCAGCGAAACUUAACAGCACAGAAGUGGAAGUACGCGUAGUCGCGGCUGGGCUUAAUUUCAAAGAUGUCCUCUCCGUUUUAAAACCAAGCGCCGAGUUCGACCAAGAAAACUGUAUUGGUGCUGAUUUUUGUGGCAUAAUUUCCUCCGUCGGUGAGGCUGUGACCAAGUGGAAGGUGGGAGAUGAUGUUCUAGGCUGUAAUUUUGAACAAGGCGCGCUACCCUCUCACAUUUCCCAGGAUCAACAUCAGCUCGUCAAACUACCUUCGUGGUUCACCCAUGCUGAAGGAGCAACACUCCCAGUCGUAUUUUCUACAGCAUAUCACUGUCUCGUCACAGUGGGUAGACUUAAAGUCGGUGAAACCAUUUUAGUUCAUGCUGCCUCUGGGGGAGUUGGAUUAGUAGCUAUUCAGAUAGCAAAACAGUUUGGGGCAUCUGUCAUAGCGACGGCUGGAAAUAAGCGAAAACGGGCAUACCUAAGGGACACGAUGGGAGUGCGACACGUCCUUGACUCCCGGUCACUCCAAUUUGAAAAAGAAGUUAAACAAUUGACCAACGGCCUUGGAGUUCACCUUGUUCUCAACUCGUUAACCAGCCCUGGUUUCAAAGAGGCCUCACUAGCCUGCCUCCAAAAAUCGGGAAGGUUUGUAGAAAUGAGUAAGCUUAAUACGUGGAGCAUCGCAGAGGCUAAUGCUCUCAGAGCGGAUGUAGAGUACACCGUCGUAGAUAUGACAGUCGUCGGCGCGAAGGCUAGGACACAUUUGUGCGACGUUUUGAAUUCGUGGCUCGAAACCAAGAAAAUAGAACCCUUACCGACAACAAGGUUCGAAUCUGUUUGCAUAAGAGAAGCACUGAAUCACUUGCAGAAAGCGAAACACAUUGGGAAAGUGGUGUGCUUGUGGGGACAAAAUCUAAAGGAGAGUGACAGACCGGGCUUGUUUAAUGAUCGGAGUACCUACCUCCUAACUGGCGGUCUGGGCGGUAUCGGUAUGGAAUUGCUCAAAUAUAUGACGGACAAUGGGGCUAAGCAUUUAGUGCUUUUCGGAAGAAGCCGCCCCUCUGAGAAGAAUCAAAGAGUAAUCGAUUCUCUGAACUCGAGCGGAAACAACGUCACCCUCUUUCACGGGGACGUUGGGAAAAUGCAGGAUUGUGAAGCUUUAAUGCAGGAAAUAACAACUCGAUCCCUCCCACCGUUGCGAGGGGUCAUGCAUGCCGCAGGUUGUCUUUCGGAUGGGAUAUUUCUCAACCAAAACUGGGAAAAAAUGGAAACCUGCUUCAACUCUAAGGUCACGGGAGGAUGGAAUCUCCACGUGCUCACGAAAUCACUGAACCUCGAACAUUUCGUAACUUAUUCUUCCAUCGCAGCAAUUUUGGGUUCGAUGGGUCAGGCGAAUCACAGCGCGGGGAAUUGGUUUUUGGAUGGACUGGUAACCCACAGAAUUUCUUUGGGACUUCCCGCCACAACCAUAAACUGGGGACAGUGGGGAUCUGUCGGAGUAGCGGCGGACAUGGAAAUUCCGGGUCUCAAGCCGUUCACACCAAGCGAAGCGUUCACCGCGUUGGAACACGUGCUCAAGGCGAAUAUUCCACAAGCCUUGGUCGCGGAAGGGGACGUGUCACAUAUUUCGUCAAUUUAUCCCUGGACCAGAAACUACUUUACGGAAUUGAAAGCCCUAAAAGGAUCUACAGCUUCAUCACUCCCUUCAAAAACCAAGGUGACCAUAACCACGGAAGAAUUCUGGAGCAAAUAUGACUCAUCAGACGUCGGCGGGAAGCCAGAUGUCGUUCAAAAUUUGCUAAGCCAGGCAUAUCUCCACGUGUUGAAACUUCCGAGUGGCGACAUUAUCAAACCGGAUCAAGCUUUGCGGGACGUCGGGGUAGAUUCCAUGAUGACGUUCGAAAUAAAAAAUAUUAUUCAGGACAUUUUUGGGGAAAAGGUAUCCUUCACAGUGGCAGAAAUAUCUGACUGUGGUACAAUUAUGGCUAUGACAUCGCGACUUGUUGAAAUCAUUGGGAUAUCGGGAUCAUAGAGGGAUAUGUGGCUGUUGGAAGCAACAGUAAUUCUGGGGUUAGAAAAUUCAAUUUUAUGGUUGGUUGAAAAUGUAACAGAUUGGUCAAGCAGGUUUACAAUUUAUUAGGAUAAAAUCUAUUGUGAAUAUUUAUAAACAUGCAUAUGCAGUAAAAUUCUUAAUUGCUAAUUAGCACAA